CAGUUCAGCAUUUUGGCCACUUUCUGACCAAUAGUGUUGCAGGUUGUGAACGUUACAGAAGCUAGCUAUCUCUGCAGUGCAGUGGCCAACCAGCAACUAACCAGCUAAAUUAACUUAUCUAAAUGAAUAUGGAGGGACUAUUGCAACAACUCAACAGCUGUCAGACUGACCCCCUCUGCAUGGGCUCAUAAACAUGUCCACAGAUGACAGUAUCUCUGAGGAUGUGUCCAGUUCUGGGCCUCUGAGCCAUUGCCAUGUUGGUGGUUAUGGAGAUGGGGGUAAGGGGAGCGAGACCUCCCUGGUGUCCUCUGAAGGAACAUCAGCCUCUGGCCUGGCUGUCUCAGAGGAAAGACACACAGCCUCCAAAACCACAGGAGGCACAGUGGAGAGCAGGCCUAUAGACAUCACACCAGCAUGUGACAAGAUCAGGAGUCUGUGUCUGGGCACAAAGGAAGUGCUUGAAUGUGGGAAAAACCUCCCGUUCAUCAAUCCAAGCUCUCUUGAGACCCUUCAAGCUUUGGUUCAGGAGAUCCAGAGCAGUGGAGAGACGGACCCAGAGAUCUGGAAGGACUGUGAGGGCCGGUGGCUGCAUCUGUUUCAGUUGGUUGAAAAGCAAUACCAAGAGCAAAUACUCGCUCAGCAGGCACAAUACCAGUGCCAAAUACCGUUGAUUCAGGAUGAAAUCAAGGCCCUGGUUCAACUGCAAAAUCGUCAGGCGUGUGUCCAGCCGCACACAGACUUUUCUCCAACCCCACUGAUCAAAACUGCUGCUGCGUCCAUCCUUGCCCACAGAAAUGUGAUAAGUGACAAUGGGAGCCCGCCAGCCCCCGCACAGUCCUUGUUUGGGUUUCCUUCACCUGAUCUCCAAGGGGCUGAAACGGGGGAAAAGCAGGAGACAACUGUGCUCAGCAGUGGAUACAGGACACUAUCUACUUUGGAAAUGUCUCGGGAACUUUCUGGGUUUCGAGGUGAAUUUAAGGAGGAGUCUCAGACCAGAAAGAAGCCUCACUGGUCCUCUGAUUUACAGGAGGACACAGAAACACCUGUGGCCAGGUCUCAGCAGGAGUUUGUCAUAGUGGAGAAAAUAAACCCCUCACUUCACCAGCGGAGAACCACAGGCCAACCUUUGACAUCCUGGGCCCAGAGGCAGAAACUUCGACCUAAGAAGAACGGAGCAGGACAAGCGUCUUCUGAAUUCAGUUCACAGAAUCCUGGGCAUCAGGAAGAGCCCCAUAGCAAACAACACUCCCAGGAAGGCGCUGAUUCCCAGGAGCAGCAUCAACUGACCGGGCCGUUGUCCAGCACUUUCCCCCUGAGGAGGAGUGACAGCCUGAUGUCUGCAGCAUCAGGUCUAACCUAUUGGCGGCUGAAUGAGAAUGAACUUUAUCGCCCAUUACCUGACAGCUUAGACAGUGGAGCUGUCCUCCUUCAGGAAGCGUCCAUGAAUCUAACUCCGUCUCAGCAGCACCAGCGUUCUCUCAAAGAGAUUUAUAAGACCAAGCAAAGGAGUGACUCUAGACAUUCAGACUGGGAGGGGUCCCCUACGUCCAGUCCUUUGUCACCACAGCUGUCAAGUUUGGACCCAGCAGCAAACAUGAAGCACUCAGAUCAAACAUCUGGCUUCACUUCACCCUCUCACUUUAGCAGCCCCUCCUUUGCCACUCAGCCCCACUUUAACCACAGAGUUGAGACUCCUGUCACUCCUGACAGCAUGGUGGAGUGCAACCCCGGAGAUACAGACUGCAUCUCUGAUACCUCAAGUCUUUCUGUUGCCGGACCCUCUCCAUCCAAGGUCCAAAGUUUGUGGGAAAGCACAUCUAAACCACUCCUGUCCACUUCCCAGGAAAACGCCUUACUCUUCUCCCAUACUGCAAACCAACAACACAGAGCAAAUAAUUUUACAGCCAGCGUGGACGAGGGCGAUCACACACACACCAGCACCAUGAUGCCAAGUUCAGCUUCGGAUACUAAUUUGCGUCCUGUACUUGGGCAGAAUGCGAGGAAAGCUUCAGUGAUUGAGGAUCCUAUCGUUCUUUCUCUACUGCGACAGAAACUGAGAGAGAAGUACUCUCGACAUGUAGCAGACCUGAAGGCAUAUUACGAGUCAGAGAUCCAAACUCUGAGAGACAAACUUAAUCUGCCUCAGGACUUAGAGACGAACAACCGCGCCCUCACUGAGAGGUGCAGGGAUUUAGAAAAGGCUUUGGCUGAGGCAAACAGUCGCAUUCAAGAACUGGAGGCAACAAACGGGGCACUGGAAAAUAAACUGGCCGAAUGGUCAGAGCGAUACGCUGUUGCCGGUGCUACCAUAAAGUCCUUGCAGAAGCGACUUGAAGAAGGCAAACACUCUGGCAAAGAGAAGGACACUCUGGCAGCACUUUUGAAAAACCGUGUACGUCAUCUGGAGGAGGCGGUGCAGAAGUCCUCCAGGGAGGCAGAUGAAAAGGAAGCAAGGAAAGAAAGAGAGCACAAGAUGCUGCAGGAUCUUCUCAAGGAAUAUGAUUCUCUGAUAAAGAAGCACGAAGGAUCAAAGAACAAGCUUGUGUCGGUAGAGAACAAACUGGUUGAUGCCAACGAUCACAUUUCUGAACUGAAGAGAGUAAUCUUUAAACUGGAGUCUCAGGUGAAGCAGCUGGAGCAUGAGAACCAGGCCAGAGCCCGUUACGCUUCUUCCAACACUAAAACUCAACCCUCUGGGGCCGGUCUUUUUCACCAUCCUGACCUGCUGCUUUCGCCAAGUAAAAGCAAUCCAGAGCCUGAUGUCACAUGCAGAAAGUCUCCUGCUCCUCUGUCUGACCACAUGAACAGUGGCAUGAAAUCGUCUUUUCAGCAAACCAAUGUCUACCAGAAGCCACUGUACACAUUCAGUGAUCAACCUUCCAGACCUGGGAGUUCUGUGGACUUCUCAUCGGCUGGAGGGAGCUGGAGAUGUGCAUCGCCUCCAGAGUGUGAACAGAGCCAUCAGUCAGAGAUGGGUCGGACACAGGGAAACUCUGCCCUCACACCUACGAUGCGGGCCCUGAUCGAGCUGGAGGAGACCAGAGCUACAGAGAGUAGGGCUCCUUGGAUCACUAGUCAGAAAACAACAGUGGGUUUUGUGGACCGGCGAAACAAGGAGCUUCUUCAGGACCAGUCGUACACACAGGCAGACAGAGACACACUGCAUCCUGGAAGUGCAGUGGAGAGUCGAACAGGAGAAGCAAAAGGUCACAACAGGGCAGAAAGAGCUCCCUCUUUGCUGAGGCCCCAGAGGAGUCUGUCUCCAGAGGGCAACAGGUCCUCCUCAUUGCCCCCCUCACAGCCAAAUCUUCCCCCAUCAACACCAACAAAAAGAGAAACCCUUCUCCAGCCACUCUCUGCCAAGUGCAGUCCAAAGCGCUGCCCCACUGAAAACUACUCCACGGCUUUUGGUCACAUGAUGCCGAGAGAAGAACAUUUGAAAAGGAUAGACAACCAAGGUGACCAAAGACGCCAUUCGUUCCACAGCAGCAGUCCUAGGAAGAGACUGCAGUUCACAUCGACAGACAGAGAAGAUGAUAUUCGCCAGCCGCGCCCCCACGUCUUUGUGAAUCCUCCCGAAGGAAACUCCCAGCAGGGCUGGGAGGAGAAGAGAUCCUACGGUGGCAGCCUUCAGGACUCCCACGAUGACUUAGCCCCACUUUCACUGAACAAUCUCAACUCGCUGGCUGAGGCGGAGAAACUAUUUGACGAGCUGACGCAGGAGAAACUGCAGACUGAGGCAGCCUUGAGCAGGAUACCUCUGACUGGAGGCAGAUCCAGUCUACAGACCAGGUCAAAUCAGGUGGCCUUGGAGAAUAAUCUGGAACGACUCAAUCGUCAGCUCGGAUCCAUCCGCAUGAUUCUGAAGCGGUUCCACGUCCUCCCUUCCUCUGCCAACAUCUAGCAACUCGUCUUUUUAACGUGACAUUAAAGACGCUCCGACUGAGUGUCUGUGUUUAGUACACGCACCACUGAUUGUACGCACAUUUAUUUUUCGUGCCAUAUCCUGAGGGCUGUACAGUAACUCCACGCCAUCAGUUUUAUACCUUUGAAAUAUAGAAAACUCUGGGAUAUUUUUAUAUGUUAAAAAAAGUAUUACAAAUUAUAUUUUAACAAUGCAGAACUUUUUAAGGCGGAUUACUUUUUUAGUUCCACAGAAAUAUCAUUAUGAAAAGUUACCUUCGCCACAUUUUGGUGUAGGUUUUUAACUGAGCUGGUUUUCAACCUGUCUGUGGUGUAAAGACUCUCCAGAACAGAAACACUGCUGUUUCUGUCUGACUUUUCCUCUAAUGUGUCUGUUAUGUUUUUAUACUUUCAAGCUUAUUUUGGUGCGUUACAGUUUUUUUAAUUUCCUUUGGACCAAAACCAUUAUGUGAAGGAAAUAUUUGUUUACUUGAAGCAAGUUGCCUUUUUUUACAUUUCACCUCUGUAUUUUACUGCGUUGCUCCAUAUUUUUUUUUAUUUUUUAACCUGCCUGAUCAAAUGCGAAAUUCAUAGCAAACACGUGCACACACAUACUAUUGUGCAUGAAGUUUACUGGAAUUGUAAUGUUGUUGCACAAUAAAUGAAGUUUUAA